AUGCUAGUUGGCCCAACAAGUGAUACAGCGUUGUCUUCAUCCGUAUCGCUUCUCAUCGAUUCGUUUAAAGUGGCUGUAUAUCCAGCUACUGUCCUUCCAUUUAUUCGUGACUGCGUUAUUUGCGUGUUGAAUCGUACUUCUCAAAACAACUACAACAAUCAUGUCUGCUGUUCCAAUGAUGAGCCAAAUGCUCCAUUAAACUCGACUGACGAAGAACCACUGGCACUUCGUUCGAUGUCGAGAAGCUCGUCGACCGACGAGAGCACUCCUCCAUCGCCGUCGAUCGCUCCGAUUCGUCCCAUCAACUUCAUCAAAUCAACAGCAACCUCGCUGCUUGAUGGAGUCAACAAUAUACUAAAUGGACAU